AUGUCAUUUGAACCAAGAGAAUACCUCUUUCCACCCAAUCAAGAAGAAAUUUACUAUAAUAAUUUAUAUCCUUCUUUACCCAAUUCUUUAAAUAAAGAUGCAUUAGUUUUUUCUCAAGACACAAUUAUUUCGUCUGAAGAUUUUUCGGCCAGUGAAUCACUAACAAAUGAACCUGAAGUUUGCAAAAACAAUGGUAACAACCUAGAAAAAUGGAUAAAAAAUAUUAAUGAUGUUAGUGAUCAUAUGACUAAUGCUGCUAAUGAUCAAUAUAAAUUUUAUAUAUAG